CUCGUGUCCUAAGAUGAUGAGGAUCGGAAGGGGAUGAUUUAAAGAGUUCGUAUAAUUAUUCAUCUGAUGGGAGCGUUAAUAUAUAUAGAUUUUGAAUUUCAAAUGAAACAAAAAUAUUACCGUUAUUCACUCAAGUCGGUUAAAAAAAAGUAACUUGUGCAUCAAGCAAGUAACUUUUGUGGGCUGGCCUCUCUGUUUCUGAUGUGGCCCAAGGUGAUGACGUGUCACCUAACUAGACGCGGUGGCUAAUCAAAUAUCACCGAACCAUGUCUGUAAACUUCUCUCCAAUCUCACACCAUCGUGGACGAUUUUUUCUCAAAUUGGGUAGCUCAAUUACGAUGAUCUAGUUUUGAUUUGAUUGAUUUUGACUUUGUUUUGGGGAUUAUAGACCAGUCGUGCCACGGAGAAAGGUUACUGGGGAGAUUCGUAAUGGUUCGAGGGCCGUAACUAUUCAAAUUAAGUAGUUGUUACACUGACAUUUGUUUAUGUCUUUCUGGUGCUAUUUAUGAGUGGAAUUGGUAGUUUUUUUCUUUUACGUGAACAAUAAUAAUGUGUAUAGAGGCUUCGAUUAUUUCUAAUAAAAGGCAAUAACGCAUGUAAUGAAGCCGUCCACACACACGAACGCCACGCUUAAAAAAAUGCCAAAGGGUCAACGAACGUUAAACUUAAACUAAAUGAAAGGCUAUUCCUUGCUCUUGAGGAAGAUUUUGUUUUUUUUGUUUUUGUCUUUUCAUUGAGACAGAUGGGUGCUUCUGUUUCGGUUCCCGAGAGAUCCGUCCAUGAAUUCACCGUCAAGGAUAGCUCCGGCAAGGACGUCAAUUUGAGCAUAUACCAAGGGAAAGUCCUUCUCCUUGUCAAUGUCGCUUCCAAAUGCGGGUUCACCGAAUCCAAUUAUACCCAGCUCACCGAACUUUACCGGAAAUACAAGGACCAAGGGUUUGAGAUCUUGGCAUUCCCUUGUAACCAGUUUCUUUACCAGGAGCCCGGCACGAGUCAAGACGCUCAUGAUUUUGCUUGUACACGGUUUCAGGCCGAAUACCCUGUUUUCCAAAAGGUACGGGUAAACGGCCAAAACGCGGCACCACUCUACAAGUUCCUUAAGGCAAGUAAACCCACUUUUUUGGGGUCAAGAAUUAAGUGGAACUUCACCAAAUUCUUGGUCAGCAAAGAUGGCAUAGUGAUUGAUCGUUAUGGCACGAUGGUUACACCUCUGUCCAUCGAGAAAGACAUCAAGAAAGCUCUGGAAAAGGCUUGAAACAGCAGACGGGAUUGCCUUUUAUAUCAAGGCACCAAAUAAAAAUAUCAGUUCAUUUUGUAACUAAUGAAAAUCCUAGCUUUUAUGUUGUUAAUCCAAUUUUCCUUUCUUAUACAGACAAGUUUUUCAGUUUGGUGUAUAUAGAAAAAGAAUCUCUCCCAGUA